AUGAAUUCUGCGUUUAACUCAACGGUAAUCAUCAGAAAAAUUAUUUCCUCAGUUUACUUUAUAAUUAUUGUUAUUCUUCGAUAUACCACAAUAAACCUUCGCAAUGCAAUAAAUGAAGCUGCAUCUGUUGAUACGUCAUCAGUAUGGAUAAUUUUGAUUAUAUGCAUCAUUUUUUGUCUUGCUAUCCGUCAUAUGAAUGACUUCUAUGCUGGCGAAAGUGUAAAGGGCAUUUGGGGAGGAAGAUUUCGGCAUCGAGAAGAAUACCGUUAUUUGCAACACGUUGAAGAAGAUUUUGCUCAUAUGAUUGAAGAACUACGAAAAACAGAUGAUAGAAUAUGGGAAAACAAUACUGCUGCUACUGCUAAUGUUGCUAAUUCCAAGCAGGAAUUGAAUUAUAAGAACGCCGAUGGUACAUUGGAAAGUGACGACGAAGCAGUCACCGAUUCAACAUCCUUAAUGGUUCACUAA